AACACAUCUUGCGACAAGACCCCUCAAUCCCUCUGUUUUUGUACCCAAAGGACCGCCAAAAUGAUUGACAUUCAGGACUUCAUUACGGAGCGCGGGGGCAACCCGGAGAAGAUCAGGGAAUCGCAGCGCAAGCGUGGCGCUUCCGUGGAGUUGGUCGACGAGAUCAUUGCCAUGUUCGAGGACCACAGGAAAACUCAGUACGAAGCGACGCAAAUCGGCUCCCAGAUCAACGCAGUCCAGAAGCAGAUCGGCCAGAAGAAGAAGAACAAGGAGAAUGCGGACGACCUUCUGAAGGAGAAGGAGGACCUCACGAACAAGAAGAAGGCCCAGGAGGAGCUUGCUGCGGAGAAGCACAAGGCGCUUCUUGUGAAGACUAAAACCGUGGGCAACUACGUGCACGAGUCGGUGCCGGUCAGCCAGACUGAGGACGACAACGAGACGAUAAGGAGAUGGGCUCCUGACGGUGUCACGGUCGAGAAGCGCGACUGUCUCUCUCACCACGAAGUCCUGUACCGCCUGGGCGGCUAUGACCCGGAGCGCGGUGUCAAGAUUGUCGGCCACCGUGGUUACUGCCUGACUGGCAUGGGUCUUUUCCUCAACCUGGCUCUUGUCAACUACGGUCUGGAAUUUCUCUACAACAAGGGCUACCAGCCCAACGCUCCUCCGUUCAUGAUGCUCAAGGAGCAGAUGGCCAAGACCGCUCAGCUUGAGCAGUUCGACGAAGAGCUCUACAAGGUCACGGAGGACGAGAACAACAAGGACACCGACAAGUACCUGAUCGCGACUAGCGAGCAGCCCCUCUCUGCUCUGCACUCCGAGGAGUGGCUCCAACCCUCCGAGCUCCCCAUCAAGUACGCCGGUUACUCGACCUGCUUCCGGAAAGAGGCCGGUUCCCACGGCCGUGAUGCAUGGGGUAUUUUCCGUGUUCACCAGUUCGAGAAGAUCGAGCAGUUCCUCAUGACCAAGCCUGACGCUUCCUGGGAGGCUUUUGACAGCAUGAUCGACACGUCCGAGGAGUUCUACAAGAGCCUCAAGCUGCCGUUCCGCGUCGUUGCCAUUGUUUCCGGCGCGCUCAACAACGCCGCUUCUAAGAAGUACGAUCUGGAGGCUUGGUUCCCCUUCCAGGGCGAGUACAAGGAGCUGGUCUCCUGCUCCAACUGCCUGGACUACCAGACCCGUGAGCUGGAGAUCCGUUACGGAACCAAGAAGCAGACCGCUGUCAAGAAGGAAUAUGUGCACGCUCUGAACUCCACUCUUGCCGCCACCGAGCGCGCCCUGUGCUGUGUCCUCGAGAACUACCAGACCCCCGAGGGCUUCAACGUCCCCGAGGUCCUGCGCAAGUACAUCCCCGGGCAGCCCGAGUUCCUGCCCUUCGUCAGGGAGCUGCCCAAGGACACGACCUCCUCCAAGGCGGCGGGCAAGGCCCCCGGCCCCAAGCCCAAGGUUGCGGCGCCCGGCGAGGCGGCCGACAAGCUCAGGGACCUGAAGGUUUAGACGCAGGAUUUAGCCGCAGAAGGUGCGCUUUCUUGCAUACGCUGGCGUCACAAAAAAUACUAGAGACACUGCUGCUCUCGAAUAUCCUAUUGAAUGGCUUAGCAUAGAGUCGAUGGAAAAGAAAUUUAAAGAUGAUGUUCAUGCCG